UAAGAUUGUGUGGGUUCUAGAAAAAGCUGAAUUCCCAGCGCUUUGGCUUCUCAGAAUUGGGAUUGUGUAUAGAGGUCUUCGAAUAGUUCCGGAACCAGCCGGCAUCAGCGGUCCAGUAAGGGCCUUUUAUUCCCGGGCGGACCACGGCCGGCCCUGAUAUCUUAGGGUGAAGAGAGGGAGGCGUCGGCCGGCCAAGAGAGAAAAUUUGCGGAUCUUGGACUCAGGAAUAAGGGAGAAGGGGGUCGGGGUCCCGGGGUGGAAGAGCGGUCGUUGAAGCAGGUGGAUCUUAGAAAAGCAGUUCCCCCUUCCCCAAACUGUUCUGAAGACAUUUGUGUUUCUUCUGUUGAUCUUGUUUCUAUCUGUGCUAUACCGUGGCCUGGAAGAGUUCAACGUUUUUAUAUUCAUUGAGCGUAAAAGUGGAGAUGUUAAUUACCCAGGAAUGUAUUGCUUGAGUCAAUUCACCUUCAGCUUUAUUACUUAAACAUAGCAUUUAAGUGUAAUAUAGGAAGUUUUUACUCAGAAAAAGCUGUAUUUUUAAAGCAAAACAGGGUUCUCGUGGCAACCUUUUACCGCCUUUGCCUUAAUCUUUGGCCACUGUUCUUGGCUAAGAUGAGCACCCACCAUACCUCCUUUCCUUUUGACCCUGAGCGGCGAGUCCGGAGUACGUUGAAGAAGGUCUUUGGGUUUGACUCUUUUAAGACGCCUUUACAGGAGAGUGCGACCAUGGCUGUAGUAAAAGGUAACAAGGACGUCUUUGUAUGCAUGCCCACAGGGGCAGGAAAAUCCCUGUGCUAUCAGCUACCUGCACUGUUGGCCAAGGGCAUCACCAUUGUAGUCUCUCCUCUCAUUGCGUUGAUUCAGGACCAAGUGGACCACUUGCUAGCCCUAAAGGUACGAGUAAGUUCCCUGAACUCGAAGCUCUCUGCACAGGAAAGGAAGGAGCUGCUUGCUGACUUGGAGCAAGAAAAGCCCCAGACCAAGAUUCUGUACAUCACCCCGGAAAUGGCGGCUUCAUCCUCCUUCCAGCCCACCCUGAACUCCCUGGUGUCCCGCUACCUGCUGUCUUACUUGGUGGUGGAUGAAGCUCAUUGUGUUUCCCAAUGGGGGCAUGACUUUCGUCCUGACUACUUGCGUCUGGGUGCCCUGCGCUCCCGCCUAGGACGUGCCCCGUGUGUGGCUCUGACUGCCACAGCCACCCCACAGGUCCAAGAGGACGUGUUUGCUGCCCUGCACCUGAAGCAACCAGUUGCCAUCUUCAAGACUCCCUGCUUCCGGGCCAAUCUCUUCUACGAUGUGCAAUUCAAGGAACUGAUUUCUGAUCCCUAUGGGAACCUGAAGGACUUCUGCCUUAAGGCGCUUGGACAGAAGGCUGAUAAAAGGUUGUCUGGCUGUGGCAUUGUCUACUGCAGGACUAGAGAGGCUUGUGAACAGCUGGCCAUAGAGCUCAGUUGCAGAGGCGUGAACGCGAAGGCUUACCAUGCAGGGCUGAAGGCUUCUGAAAGAACGCUGGUGCAGAACGAGUGGAUGGAGGAGAAGGUCCCUGUAAUUGUUGCAACCAUUAGUUUUGGGAUGGGAGUGGAUAAAGCCAACGUCAGGUUUGUUGCCCAUUGGAAUAUUGCCAAAUCUAUGGCUGGGUACUACCAGGAAUCUGGCCGGGCCGGCAGGGAUGGGAAUCCUUCCUGGUGCCGUCUCUAUUACUCCAGGAAUGACCGGGACCAAGUCAGCUUCCUGAUUAGGAAGGAAGUAGCCAAACUCCAGGAAAAGAGAGGGAACAAAGCAUCUGAUAAAGCCAGUAUCAUGGCCUUUGAUGCCCUGGUGACCUUCUGUGAAGAGCUGGGGUGCCGCCAUGCCGCCAUUGCCAAGUACUUCGGGGAUGCGCCGCCUGCCUGUGCUAAAGGCUGCGACCACUGCCAGAACCCUACAGCCGUGCGGAGGCAGCUGGAGGCCUUGGAGCGCAGCAGCACCUGGAGCAAGACCUGCAUCGGGCCCUCCCAGGGGAAUGGCUUUGACCCUGAGCUGUACGAGGGAGGCCGCAAGGGCUAUGGGGGCUUCAGCAGGUAUGAUGAAGGUUCUGGAGGCAGCGGGGACGAGGGCAGAGAUGAGGCUCACAAGCGGGAGUGGAACCUCUUCUAUCAGAAGCAGAUGCAGCUGCGCAAGGGCAAAGACCCCAAGAUAGAAGAAUUCGUACCCCCAGAUGAGAACUGUCCCCUGAAAGAGGCUUCUAGCAGGAGGAUCCCCAGGCUGACUGUGAAGGCGCGGGAGCACUGCCUGGGGCUUCUAGAGGAGGCGCUGAGCAGUAACCGCCAGUCCACACAUACCACUGAUGGAGCUGACCUCCGGGCCCAGGCCGUGGAGCUGGAACACGAGACCUUUCGGAACACCAAGGUGGCCAACCUAUACAAGGCCAGCGUGCUGAAGAAGGUGGCCGAGAUUCACAGAGCCUCCAAGGAUGGACAGCCCUAUGAUGUGGGAGGCAGUGCCAAGAGCUGCAGUGCCCAGGCUGAGCCCCCAGAGCCCAACGAGUAUGACAUUCCACCAGCCUCCCAUGUGUACUCGCUCAAACCCAAGCGAGUGGGAGCUGGUUUUCCCAAAGGCUCUUGCCUGUUCCAGACAGCCACGGAACUGAUGGAGACAACUCAAAUCAGGGAGCAAGCCCCCCAGCCUGAGCGGGCAGGCGAGCACGACCCCCCGAGCCGGCCCUGUGGCCUCCUGGCUAAGGAUAGGAGUGAGCCCCUUCCUGGGCCUAGAGGGGAGGUCCCUGGAGGCAUCGUUCACUGUGGGGGGCCCUCCUCUGAGAAGAAAGCAAGAAGUUCCUCCAGGGCCAGUUCCCUUGCCAAGGGCCGGGCUAGCAAGAAACAGCAGCUCCUAGCCACAUCGGCCCACAAGGAUUCUCAGAGCAUCACCCGCUUCUGCCGAAGGGUUGAAAGCCCAGCUCCACUGGCAUCAGCCUCAGAGGCAGAAGGUGUCCACCCUUCCUGUGGGGGGGUUCAGGGACCCCCGAUGGCCCCAAAGACGUGCACAGGGGAGGAAGAUGGAGCCGGGGGACAUUCGCCUGCCCCUCCCCAGACUGAGGAGUGCCUCGGGGAGAGGCCAAGCACCUGCCCGCCCAGAGACCAGGGGAGCCCUGAAGCCCAGCCCACCCCCACAAAGGACACACAGAAGGGCAAGCGACCCCAGUCCCAGCAGGAGAACCCAGAGAGCCAAGCUCAGAAGAGGCUGCGCCCCUCAGCCAAGCCCUCUGUCUUAGCUGAGGUCAAGAGUGGCAUCUUGACCAGCGAUCAGGGCACCAUGAAUCCCAUGGCUCAAGACCCCUGCCAGCUCUCAGCUCCUGGCAUCCCCUUGAAGGAGGCUGCAAGUGUUGUGGUCAAGUGCCUGACCCCUUUCUACAAGGAGGGCAAGUUUGCUUCCAAGGAGUUGUUUAAAGGCUUUGCCCGCCACCUCUCACAUUUGCUGGCUCAGAAGACCUCUCCUGGAAGGAGUGUGAAAGAAGAGGCCCAGAACCUCAUCAGGCUCUUCUUCCAUGGCCGGGCCCGCUGUGAGAGUGAAGCUGACUGGCACAGCCUGUGUGGCCCCCAGAGGUGACCAACUGCUGGCUGGGCAGGGCCCACGUCCUUCCCCAGACUCUAGCCUGGGCCUUGCCUGCAGCUGCCAGGCCGUCGUCAUCUCUCAGUCCUUCCACCUGCCAACCAUACUUGGCUUUGGUGAUGGCCCCAGAUGCCUCCUGAAUCCCGGUCAGAGGUCAGCUACCUUUCUUUCUGCUUGCAAAGCCAGUGGACCUUUCUCAGAGCCUCCCUGCCUCUCCUGGCCCUCAUGGCUGAGUUUUCUGGGACACAUGUCCAGGGCAGAAGGCGGAGGAUGGUGGAGCUGCUGCCAGAGGAGGGGAAGGAAGAGCGGCCCCUCUACACAUUUAAGUCUGGACAAGGCCCACCUGUCCAAGGUAUUGGGACCUACUCAGGGGAACCUCAGGUCCUCGCCCAUUCCCCCCCCCGCCCCAUUACAGUGCCAGCUUCCAGCUUUGCCCAGGUUAGAGCUGUGGCAGGGGAGUGGCAGCCAGGCCCCAUUCCCUGCUCAGCUUCUGCUUAGGAAGGCCAGGCCUGACCAAGAAGUUUAGGAGAGGAAUAAAGU